AUGAAGACUCCAACCCAAAGCCUUUUUAUCCUUAUGGCUAUUAUGCAGGUACUUCCUGCAUAUGGCCUGCAAGCCAUGCCCCGGGAUCCUGAUUCCGAGUCGAAUGCCUCACUGCCAGCGUAUUCCGUCAUGGACGCAGUCCGGGAUGGAUACAUUGAAUUCGUUACCUUGGAAGAAGGAGUCCGAGUUGAUUUCAACGUGCCACCGGAACAGUUCAAGGUCAGCAAUGCGGCUGAAGCAACUGACAAAUUGAAGGACAGGCAAACCUACCUGUCCAAGGUGGGCCCCAGAAGAAGGGUUUGA